GAACAACCAGCACAAAAACUCGAAAUAAAGUUCAGCCUCAUAAAUUUACUGGGUAGUAGCAAUUGUAACAUAACAAUCCAUUGUGACAUUUAUCCGUUUGCAAUUCGAGACCUGCUAUCACAUCUACAAAUAAUAUUUACUUCAACCUCUACAAGCAUCACUAAUUAUCAAUAUGGAUGAUACUGAACGCCGCACAGCAAAGCGUUCGCGCUUCGAUCAAAAGGAGCCGGAGCCGAAGAGAACCUCAAGGUUCGAUAGACGUUCGAGAUCACCACCUGCGAGAAAGGCAGAUGCAAGACGAAGCAGGUCUCCCCUUGGCCGUCAUUCUUCUCGUAGCCCGGCCCCAGAAUCUGCAAAGAAGGGGGGUGCAGAUCCAGCAGCAGCAGCAGCUGCCGCCGCUGCAAAAAUCAAUGCGCAAAUCCAAGCCAAGAAAGGUAUUCAACAUGCCGAUGUGCCACCCAUUCGCGCAGCCGAAAGUCCGGUCGGAAAGUCAGUAUCUCCAGGAGCCGGAGCAGGUAACAGCGCAAGCAACAUAAACGGUGAGAUGUAUAUCGCAGAUGGCGAUUAUAUCAAAGACAUCGAAGUCAACGAUCUGCGAAACCGUUAUACACUGACCAAAGGUUCUACUCAAAAGAUGCACCAUACACAUACACCCUUUUGGCAUAUGCUGACCUCCGCUGCGUGACAUUUAGAUUAAGGAAGAAACCGGCGCUGAUGUCACCACGCGAGGAAAUUACUACCCGGAUAAAAGCAUGGCCACAGCUGCUAAUCCCCCAUUGUACCUCCACGUUACGAGUCAAACAAAGCGAGGCCUCGAGCAAGCCGUUCAAAAAAUCGAAGAACUAAUGAAGCAGGAGCUCCCUAACUUGGUUGACGAACGUCGAUUCCGUAGACGCGAGCCUGAACAAGUUGAGAGAGAUGAGUUUGGCAGACGUAAAUGGCCCGAGGAGAAGAUUCCUAUUGAUUUUGAACCUAUUCAAGGCUUUAACCUCCGUGCACAAGUUGUUGGCCACGGUGGAGCUUAUGUAAAGCACAUUCAACAGGAAACUAGAUGUCGUGUUCAAAUCAAGGGACGUGGUUCUGGUUUCAUGGAGCAUGGCACAGGUCGUGAGAGUGAUGAGGACAUGUAUCUUCACGUCGCUGGCCCAGAUCCGAACGAGGUACAAAAAGCCAAAGAGCUCUGUGAGGAUCUUCUCAAGAAUGUUCGAGAGCAAUAUGAAGAGUUCAAGGCUCGCCCACCUCAACAACGUGGUUAUGGCGGUCAGACCGGUUAUUCAGGAGAGCGAGGCUAUGGUGAUCGCGCCCCAGACAGAUCUAACUCGUAUGGUGGUGGUGGUGGAUAUAAUAACUACAACAAAUCACCAGCCCCUAACACUCCAAAUGCAGCCAGUCCUUCAACCCCUGCAGACUAUGGAGCUCAAGCUGCUCAAUACUAUGGUUCAAAUGCUGAUCCUUAUGCUCAAUAUGGUGGGUAUGAGGCAUACGUUCAAUAUUAUCAGCAGUACAUGGCAGCCAUGGCUCAAUAUCAACAGCAACAACAGGGUGCUCCAGGUUCAGGUCCUCCUCCACCCCCUAAUGAGGCACCACCACCUCCACCACCCGGUGGAUCGGCUCCUCCUCCACCAUCAGGACCACCACCAGGAAGUAAUAAUGGAUAUAGCGCCGUUCCACCCCCACCUGGAUUCUAAAUGCUAUUUUCUUAAUUUUUGUGUUUUUGAGAAUCUUAAAUUGCACUGAGGCCUGAACGCCGA